CGGUGUCAGUACACGCAUCAACGUGACGCAGGGUACACGGUGAAAUGAACAUGAUAUGUACAACACAGACAUCAUGUGAGUGAUAUCGACACAGGAGGAAAACAUUACAGGAAACUGGAAUAUCUGUCCUUUGCUCCGACAACAUAUAGAUAAAAAGUACUCUGAGUCCCUGACCCUGAGAAAAGCGGCAGUUGUUACAACCCCCAACUAUAGCAGGCGAUAGUACUGCUUCCCUCAAGCUUAAGGUCUGGCAAAAAGUUUCCAUUUACGCACGCGGACAUAAUGGCUGUGAACUAUGAAAAGGAACUGCUCGUCCAGACAGGUGAGGGUCCCGGGCUGACGAUAUGGACUGCCGCCGUCUUCAUCGUAGGGGAAAUUGCGGGGUCGGGGGUGCUGGCGUUACCGAGCGCUGUUGAGGGUACAGGCUGGAUUGGCUUAGUGCUGAUCGUACUGUGUUGUGUCAUCUCCGCCUACACGGGGGACGUGCUGGGGAAGGCGUGGUGCCUGGUCAGGGAGCGGUACGAGGAGUACCAGGGUCAGGUCAGGUACCCCUACCCCGCUAUCGGCGAGGUGACAUAUGGAAAACCAGGCAGGUAUCUCGUGUCCUUCUCCAUCAACUUCACCCUGUUCGGGGUGUCCGUGGUCUUCCUGCUCCUCGCAUCCGAGAACAUCCAGAGUCUGCUGGCUGACGUGCAUGCUGACGUGUCCUUCUGCUAUUGGCUCAUCAUUGUGGCGGGAGUCCUGGUGCCGCUGUCGUGGCUCGGUACACCCAAGGAUUUCUGGCCUGUAGCUAUAGGCGCCACCGUGGCCACCAGUGUCGCCUGUGUGGUGCUGUUUUCCAACAUCCUGGUAGACAACCAUCACAACCAUCAUCCCGUGCUUCAUACUCCGCCGGGGUUCCUGUCCUUCUUCACGGCGUUCGGCACCAUCUGCUUCGCUUUCGGGGGGCACCCAGCGUUCCCUACCUUCCAGGCUGACAUGAAGGACGAGUCCCUGUUUGGGAGAGCCGUGUUUUUCGCCUACAUGAUUGUGUUGGCAAUGUACCUGCCGGUGUCGACAGUCGGCUACUUCGUGUACGGCAAGAACCUAGACCCAAACGUGCUUCAGACAGUGAAAAGCGGCCCCAUGCUCUACGUGGUGGAGAUCGUCAUCACCAUCCAUCUGCUCUGUGCCUUCAUCAUCGUCAUCAACCCCUUCUGUCAGGAGCUGGAGGAGAUCCUCAAGGUACCCAAAGCAUUCAACAUAAAGCGCUGUCUCCUACGUACGGGUAUCAUAGCGUUGGUGCUGUUUGUGGCUGAAAGUAUUCCUCACUUCGGCGCCAUCCUCGCCCUGGUCGGUGGGUCGACGACGACGCUGCUGGCCUACAUCUUGCCGUCACUGUUCUACCUCAAGCUGUGCCGCAUGGAGGGAGAAUGGGAAGACAUUCACGUCCCAAUCCACAUCAAACUACUCAACUAUGAAAUCGUGUUUGUCGGAGUCGUGGCCGGAGCAGCGUCUACUUACUCCGCCAUCGCGGGUUUGGCUCAGCCUGGAGCCUUCACCGUGCCCUGCUACGUGAACAUCACAGCGGCCAUGGGUUAACAUGGCAGACAAGAUAGUAUAUAGAAGUCUCGCCACAGUGGGGUGUGUCGGCCGCUGUAGGACACUGGUUGGCCCGUUGUAAAUACUUGG